CACUCUCAGACAGACACUCACUCUUUUGGAUCUUUCAGAGCAACACAACAUUUUGGGACUUUCUUCUAUCGGACGACCACAGAGAGUCAUGAUAUCGGCUGGAUUUCAGAUCCUGGGCAUCAGCCUGGGAAUCAUCGGCUGGAUUGGGAGCAUCGUGACCUGCAUCCUGCCUCAGUGGAGGGUCUCUGCCUUCGUCAACAACAACAUCAUCACGGCUCAGACGACAUGGGAGGGCAUCUGGAUGAGCUGCAUGGUCCAGAGCACGGGCCAGAUGCAGUGUAAGGUCUACGACUCCAUGCUGGCUCUAAGCACCGACAUCAAGGUGUCCCGCGCCCUCAUCAUCAUCUCCAUCCUGCUGGGCAUCGUCGCUCUGCUGCUGUCCAUCGCCGGGGGCAAGUGCACCAACUGUGUGGAGGAUGAGGUCUCCAAAGCAAAGGUCAGCAUCACGGCCGGCGCCAUCUUCAUCCUUGCGGGAAUCCUGUGCCUCGUCCCCGUGAGCUACACGGCCAACACCAUCAUCCAGGAUUUCUACAACCCCAUGUUAGGAGUCAACAAGAUGGAGCUGGGAGCCUCCCUCUUCAUCGGCUGGGGGUCGGCUGCCCUGCUCAUCCUGGGAGGCGGACUUCUCUGCUCCAACUGCCCCCCCAACAAUAAAGAUAAUUCCACCGCCAAGUACACAAGGCCUCAAGCGGCAAGCGGUUACGUGUGAGGAGGAAGAGGAAGAAAAACAAGCGAGGAGAGACUGUUUGAUGCGACCACACCCAAAAUAACUGUGACCACUGAAUCCCAGCUGGGAUGCCUCCACCACCUCAACUUCAUAGACAUUUUCCUCAAUUAUACUGAUUUUUGUAACUUUUUUAUUAAUACUUUUGUAAAUGUUUGUUUUUGAUUGUAAUUAAAUGCUAUCUUUUAUAAGUACACUA